CGAAGGCGAAUUCCACCAUCGCCAAUCACGAGUCACGAGCCACGACCACCGAUUUUGGGAGUUUGCGACGGCGAUCGAUUCUCUCUCCAUCCUCCUCGCCGGCGGGGGCCACCGGAAGAUCCCUAAGAUUCCGAGUUCGAUCGCCGGACUGUGCGCGUUCUCGGCCGUAGAUACGGAGAUCGAUGGGGUUCUUGGUGACGACGCUGAUCUUCGCCGUGAUCGGGAUCAUCGCGUCGCUCUGCACCAGAAUCUGCUGCAACCGAGGGCCUUCAACGAAUCUGUUCUAUCUAACGUUGAUUAUUACAGCAACAGUGUGUUGUUGGAUGAUGUGGGCAAUUGUAUAUCUCGCUCAAAUGAAACCGCUGAUUGUCCCUAUUCUGAAUGAGGGGGAAUGAAGCUCUACAAGUAUAUAUACCAUCAUCGGAGGACCCAGGAUUUGAUGAGAAGUAUCCGAUUCCUGGUCGACAGGGACCAUUUGGUUAUUUGGCUUUUUGCAGUGUUUGUGUGUGAGCGAGUAUUUUCCUUCUUUGUCAGCCCCAUUGAUGUAUCAGCUUCUUAAUUAAUCUUGCUAGUCUGUCUCUGUUUCGUCUUAGAAACAUGAGGAAAUUUUAUUU